AAUUCUGUUUGACCACUUACCCACAGAGGUCUUCCAUGACGACACAGGGGACGAGGCAUUUUAUUUUGAAGAGAUGCUGCGCAAACAGGAAAAAAUCCCGGUCUCACUGGGCAAGGGCUUUAAGUAGCAGUUAAAAUAAAUUUUUUCAGCUCUUCUCUGCCUUUAAUAAACUCUUACUAUAUCUGAAAGUUUGGUUGCGACUACCGUUUCAGGAUCUGUCUCUUUUCAAGGCCUCAGUAAUGAGCAUUAGAACUCCCUGUUUAGGACGUGCGCGGCCAGCCUUCAGCCUGUCCCCCAAUCCGGGCGCAAAAGCGCGACGCAACCGCCAGGGGGCGCAGACCUCGGGCCCAUCAGCGAGACUUGGGGCGGGGUCAACUGCGGGGCUGGUUGUGACUUCCGGUUUCCGGCGGAGCCCUGGGCGGACCGGUGCAGCAGUCAUGGCAGCGGAGGAGAAGGAUCCUCUGAGCUAUUUCGCGGCCUACGGGAGCAGCAGCUCAGGCUCUUCGGACGAGGAUGAUAACAGCGAGCCGGAGGAGACAAGUCUUAAGGCCCAAGAUCCAGCGAAGUCGGCCGGCGGCUAUGGGAACAAGGCGGAGAAGCGGCUGCCUGGACCAGACGAGCUGUUCCGGAGCGUGACUCGCCCGGCCUUUCUUUACAAUCCGCUCAACAAACAGAUAGACUGGGAGAGGCACGUCGUCAAAGCUCCAGAGGAGCCUCCAAAGGAAUUCAAAAUAUGGAAGUCAAACUAUGUACCACCUCCCGAGACCUACUCUACAGAGAAGAAGCCUCCCCCUCCAGAGCUGGAUAUGGCAAUAAAAUGGUCUAACAUAUAUGAGGACAAUGGUGAUGAUGCCCCACAGAAUGCUAAGAAAGCUAGGCUUCUGCCAGAAGGGGAGGAGACAGUGGAAUCAGAUGAUGAAAAAGAUGAGCAUACUUCUAAAAAGCGCAAAAUAGAACUGGGAGAACCAACAAAGAAGAAAAAAUAGACAAGAAUGACAAGAAUCUUUGGACUGCAAAACUUGUUGAAAUGGGUCUUUUUGGCAAAUUAAGUUGAUACUGUAAAUUAUUAUGAAACAACAUCUCCAUGGAAAUAUAUGUUAAUUAACUAAUGAGUAUUCCUGCCAGAACUUUCCACUGUAGAAUUCAUUUUUUAUUUAAAAAUAUGUAUUUAAAACUGAAAUGGUGACUUGUGAUUGUGUAAUUGACAAUGCUUGGAAGCAUUCUUGCUACUGCAGAAUUGGUGACAUGCUUUGAGUUUCAUCCCAAGUUGACAUGCCAAUGUUCUAUGAACCUUUUAUAAAGGAGUAUAUUUUUAAAGUAAAUAUAUUGUAAUGUACUGUGAACUUGUAGGGUGCUUUUCAACAGUGUUUGUACAGUGUAAAUAGAUCAUGGAAAUAAAUUUACCGAUAUUACUGCAUA